UUUAGAUUAAAAAGCAGUCAUCUGGAAAGUUCGUCGUCCACUGACACUGGGCUACUAAAAGUUUCAAGAACGCAACUUUAUUUCUUCUUCACUCCAGGAUACUAUGUUUUCCCGAUUUCAAGUACAUGCACGCAAAGAACCUCGACAGCUACGAAGCACGCAGUCUUACAUCUACUACACGGACGAUAAGAAGGGGGAAGGCGCUACAGGCAGUGUAUUUGGUGGCAGAGAAAAGAAAUCUGGCGAGAGGGUAGCUGUGAAGGUUUUCAACAAUGUGAGUUUUCGGAGACCCGGCAGCGUGCAGCACAGGGAGUUCGACGUUCUGCUUAAGCUCAAACACCCGAACAUAGUGAAACUGCUGGCCAUCGAGGAGGAUUCUAGUUCCCAUGACCGGGUUAUCAUCAUGGAGCUGUGUGAGGGCGGUAGCCUCUUCAAUGUCUUGGACAGACCCGAGAACUCCUUUGGUUUGGCCGAGACGGAGUUCAAGAUCCUUCUCCGGGACGUCAGUCAUGGCAUGAAACAUCUUCAAGACAAAGGAAUAGUGCACCGUGACCUCAAGCCGGGCAACAUCAUGUGCUGUUACGAACCCGACGGCUGUUCCGUGUACAAAUUGGCUGACUUUGGAGCGGCUCGUGAACUCGCAGAGGGCGAGAACUUUGUCAGCAUAUAUGGGACUGAGGAAUACUUGCACCCAGAUGUGUACGAGCGCGCCGUUCUUCGGAAACCACUUGUAAGGCCGUUCACGGCUUCCGUAGACCUUUGGAGCAUAGGUGUAACGCUUUAUCACGCCGCUACGGGGGUGCUCCCCUUCAGACCAUACGGGGGCAGAAAGAACCGGUCCACAAUGCACCAGAUGACGACCCUGAAAGCGUCAGGAAUUAUUUCGGGAGUUCAAAGAAACUCGGAAAAUGCACCGAUCGAGUGGAGUAGAGAGUUACCCAAGACGACUCAACUCUCACAAGGUCUGCGCUUUCAUUUGGAAGAAAUGCUGGCUGGUCUCCUCGAAAGUGACGUGACCAGAAUAUGGUCCUUCAGGACAUUUUUUGACACCGGUCAGGCCAUCGUUAAUAUGACUGUCCUGGAUGUGUUCUACACCGUGACGUCACAGCCUCUCAAAAUAUACAUUGAUCCAAGACAUUCGUUUGCUGAGUUUCAGGAGAGCGUUGCCAUACAGACGUCAUUGCAAUCUGUCCAUCAGAUGUACGUCUUCGGAGAUGCCGUAUUUUACCCAGAAUCCAACGUGCCGUGCCGAGACUUCCCUGAGACGACGCCGGCCAAUCCCAUAUUUCUCUUCAAAUCGACGUUUGGUGGCUCUGUCUCGCCAGUCGCCCCUGUCAUCCCAACCGUACCGGAUGUUCCAUCUAGGUAUUCAUUGAGCACAGAUGCACCUGCGACAAAGAAAAGCAUCGCUGCCGUGUUUUGUCUCAAACGAAAACAAGAACUGCUACUUCUGAUACAGAAAUUAAUGAACGCAGCCGUGAAGGCCUUCACCCUGGUAAUAAAAGAAGAAGUGAAGCACCUGGAAUACUACUUGAAUAAACUGGAAAGCCAAAACAAGACGUUGCCGUCGGAACUACAGAGCAUGCGCUCAAGAAUCGAUGCGACUCAGACGCUUGUGGGCGCUUUCCGAGAUAUUGCCAACGGGAAAAAGAUCGAGCUUGGCAGAAAGCAAGCCGCCCUUGAAAUCUCCGGCAACGAGGUUGCAUUGGAAAUUGGGAAUAUACGGCAGCUCUCGUUACGAUUAGAAGAAACGGCUGCGACAUUGAGGUUGCUCCACCAUCAAAUAGUGGAUCAAGAUGUUCUGACGAAGGAAUGGAAUAAACUGCUUCGUUGUCAUCCAAGGGACAAAUGCGUGGACCGUCUUGAUGUCAUGUUGAUCUCGCUUCUGGAAAUCUAUUCAAAUUUCUGCCGGGACAGCAAGGAGACCUCCCUCACGUUCAAUGCGGAGCAAAUACACAAGAUGGAGAAAAUCAGGUUUAACGACACGUUACACAAGAUGCUUUCGCUGGUUUAUGAUCACUGUGAAAGUAAUUGGCUGGAGACACAUUCCGAGAUGAUGAAAUGGUUUGGCACAGCCUAUUCCUUCAGGCAGCGAAUCGCCGAAGUGGAUCAAAGCCUGACCCCACUGGUGUCUGACUUUUCUACUGAAGAACUAGCUAUAACUAAGUUGGGAGAAAGAUGUCAAGAGGAACUAAACAGUAUUGAAAGUGAUAUUUCUCAUCCACAAGCUGCAAACAGUUUUCAUUACAAGGCCCCGUUCACGGAUGAAACUAUUCGCCUGGUGUCCACUUCAGCGAGUACGCAAACCUCUGUCGUCCAGCAGGGGGAACCAAAGCAAUUCCGUGAGGCAAACAACCAGACACCGUGGAGUGUUUACGUCGUCAUCGGACCACGCGAGGGAGGUAGACUGGCUUCUGGGGAAAAUCAUGUCCAUCAUCUGGCAGACUCUGGAUUUGCAGACCUGCGGGUGCCGAUGCCUCGAGACUUGAAACGAGAGUUGCAGGACUGGCAAAUUCGGAGACCGGAAACCCAAGCCAUAGUGAAGAAGAGUCAAGAUCUGACCGAGGAAAUGCAGAAUAUAUCGCUAGACCUCUCCGACCCUAGCCUCGACUUGUACGGCUGCUGAGCAUAAAGAUCAUGCAAAGUUGGGAAGGACGCCCUGCCGAGCUGCAGCCCGGCCCGGCGGCGACACACAGACAGGACCCACGGGCCGAGAGGACCAUGGCUUCGUCUCCUUCCACGUCCUUUUAAUCCUUCGGAAUACUUUCUAUUUCAAUCCGAUAACAUUUAUUGUUCAUCCAAGGCAAAACCUUAAACACAGGACAGUGGCGUACCAAACAUUUUUUUUUCGUAGGGGAGGGUUGACCACAUACUAACAAGUCCCAAAUCAAAUUAAACACAGAAUCUGGGUCGUAUUUGACCUGAUACUAUUCAGGGUCAAACAAAUAUAUUUCUGGGUCAAAAUGACACUCUUGCCAUCAGCUUUAGCUAAACCUGAUUGCCCACCAAUUGAUCCAGAAGCGUGUCAAGUGUCACUUUUGCCAUCAGCUUUAGCUGAACCUGAUGACCCAGCAAUUGAUCCAGAAGCGUGUCAGAUGACACUUUUGCCAUCAGCUUUAGCUGAAUCUGACGGCCCAGCAAAUGAUCCAGAGGCGUGUCAAAUGACACUUUUGCCAUCAGCUAAGCUGAACCUGAUGACCCAGCAAUCGAUCCAGAAGCGUGUCAUUUUGACCCAGAAAAUAAAAUUACCAGUUCAAAUAGAAACCGGGUUCCCAAAUCUGAUUUGGGAUAUUUUUGGAAUGCAGCAUUUUCCGACCGGUCAUUGCAAGUAUUCAAAGAAACGGGGGGGAUAGGACCUCAACAAAGCCGUCGCGUUUUAUUCCCUUCACAAGCAGUUUCUACAGUAAAAUAAAUUACACUAAAUUCAAAGCAACACUUUGGGUUGAGAGCGCGCUUCAAACGUCCCUUUGUGGCUUAAAGGGGCAUGCCUGACUUAAAUGCAUAAGUAAGAGAUGACAAUUAAACUUACGAAAUGUAGGAAUUUAUAGAGAAAAAAGAGCCACACAAACACUAUCACAUAGACCGGGGAUUAAUGACACAGUAGUUAUUUAUACCAAAUGGUAACUACCGUGGAAAUAACUAUUUGGAAGGAGCAAGUAGCCACGACGGAGAAAAUGGAAAGAUACUCUUGCUAAAUACUGGCACAAAAGAGGCCUUUAUGGCUUUCUUUCAGUCAGCAUAGAGAGGUUUGACAUAGACUAAGUCUGUCACACAGAGUCAGAAAAAAUCGGUUGUUUUUUGGAUUGAUGUAUGCAGGUGACUAGAACAUAAUCUAGUGUGAAACUCGUGCCACGGAAUGGUGUGAAAAUGAUAAAAUAAAGGAGGUUUAGUAUAUAACUUUACUGGAUGUUACCACGUUAAAUAUCAAUAAGUUUCAAUGUGAAGAAACGACUCAAAUGAAAAUUAAGGAGUGUAGCCAAAAAGGAGAUAAACGUAUUAGUGUUGAAAAAAAAUAGUUACAAACAGACUUUUCCAAUGACUGGUUAUUUAGUUGUGGAAAGCUAAUAAAUACUAAUGGGUUACCAGAAAUGAAUUACAGUGUAUUGAAGC